ACAAAGAGGUUUGUGAUUUCUAGUCUUAGAUCCCACAUGGCUCUCUGCCCAAGCUCAGAAUAUAGAAGACUGCCAUGGUCCUGAGAUUGUCACGCACUCUGGAGUGACAAUUUGACAAAUGUGGAGGGAUGUAGUGGUGAAGGAUUGGGACCGUGCCUUGUCCCACUAUAGGGUAAUUAAUGACAGGCAGCCCUCUAGGGAAAGGCAGCAGUAGCCUUUAUGGUCAUAAUGCCCACGGGUCACAGAGGUGGUUAGGUCCAGCAGGGAGGGCACUCGCCCAAGGAGGUUCCCCCUUUAGGUUCCCUCCCUUGUUGAUCCUGGGGCCCUGUUCCUGGCCCUAUGGCCUGCAGGUGCAUGCUAGGACGAGGCUGGGCCGGACGGAGUCAUCAAGUGUGGCGCCGGCCCCAUGGAGGAGGAUUGGAUGCUUCAUGGGUCCCGGCCGGAGGACCAGAAGGUUGGCCUUAUCAGCUGGGCUGGCACCUAUCUAACAGCUGAGAACUAUGGAAAUAAAAUCACUGCUGUAGCUAAAGGCUUAGGCAGGAGACAGACCUGGGAAUUAAUAGUGUGCAAUGAACAGGAUGAGGAUUCCCAGGCCGUGGUUCGCCUCCAGAGCGUCCACGGCCACAUCUUGCUGCCGGAGGGAGACGGCUCCGUCUAUUGUGGGUGGCCCGAGAACUCGCAGCACGGCUACUUCCUGCUUCGCUUCCACCGCCACGGCAAGUGGACGCUUCAGUGCAUGGUCACUGGCCACUACCUGGAGUCCGAUGGCGAGGAUGUGUUCUGCACCUCCAGAGUGCUCUCCGCCUACCACAUGUGGGCCCCGCGGCCGGCCUUGCACGUCCACGUGAUGCUCUACAGCCCCAUCACCCGCUGCUACGUCCGGGCCAGUCCCGAGCAGGGCUGCGCCUGGGUGGAUGCUCCUGUGCCUUACCUGGAGGAGUGCGGCUUCCUGCUGCACUUCCACGACGGGCUCUACCACCUCGAGUCUUCUUCCCACCACUUCCUGUCCCAAAACGCCAGGUUGGUCAGCAGGCCCUCGCCGCAAACGGCCUUUCACCUCCAGCUGCGGCCCGGUGGGCAGGUGGCCUUGGGCGAUGGGGAGGGAUGCCUCUUGUACCCGCAGGGCUCCCGCGCCCUCCUGGCUCUGGGCUCCAACGCCAUGGGGGGAGAGGAGUGGUUUGUACUACAGCAUUGCACAGCCUGGAUCACUAUCAAAUCUAAGAAUCGGAAAUUUGUCACCAUCGUUUCAGAUUUGGAAGUCUGUGCUAGAUCUGAGCGGAUGACUCCUAUGUCUUUCUUCCAAUAUGAGAGUAAUCCAAAUACUAAUGCCAUUCAACUCCGUUCAGUGACUGGCCAAUAUUUAGCACAGAGGUCACAUAGGGCUGUGGUGGGAGAUGGACAAAAACUAGAGCCUGAGGCUAUUUUCUGUGUGAAUUGGAACUGUGGCAAGAUUAUUCUACGGGCUGCUAAUGGACGCUAUGUGGGUGUCACAUCUAAUGGGUUCUUGAUAGCUACUUCUUCACAUCCCGGCCCCUCUGAAGAAUUUAGGAUUUGCUUAGUCAAUCGACCCUUCCUGGCACUGAGAGGUCGCUAUGGCUAUGUGGGUACAUCAUCAGAACAUGACCAACUACAGUGUAACAUGGACCAGCCAGACUGUAUCCAGCUACUGCCCUGCAGGCAAAGCAUUUACCAUUUCCAGGCACAGGGUGGCACGUUCUGGUCCCUGACAGCCUAUGGCACCUUCCGUCCUUGGGGAAAGUUUGCUCUCAACUUCUGUCUAGAACUACGAGGCAGCAACCUCCUUGCUGUACUGGCCCCCAAUGGCUACUACAUACGGGCUGACAGCAGUGGUGUCUUGCUAGCUGACAGCGAGGCCAUCACCAGCGAAUGUCUCUGGGAGUUUUAGAUAAAUGUGAUGCUACCAUAAAGAAGCCCUCUGGAGGAAUCAUCUUACUCAACGGGAUGGGAACCCUGAAGAUGAGAUCUGCAAGAUUAUCCACAACACAGUCCCUAAUCCUACCAGCCACAGCUUAUCCUUCCACUCCUCUUUUGCGUUCGGUAACAAUACACCAUGACCAGCCACCAA